CUUCACCCCAUCCUUACCACGAAACAGAACGCCUACCUUCCGGAUGUAUGCGCAACUAACCCACAGCCAACAAUCGCUAUCCACGUAACCCGGCGAGAACAUAUAUAGGAACGCGCCUCCACAAUCUCGACGCGACAUUGGAAUGGCUACCGUUUCGCCCACGCCCUCAUAUGGGGGUCGCAUGCGUGCGCACUCCUCGAUACGACCCAGGAGAGACUCUCCACUGUCGGUGUUGGGGCAAUCACAGGGCUUCUCAGCGGAUGCGCCCAUGAUGCAGAACAUCAACAUUGGCGACAGCUCCGACGACGAGAUACCGCAACCUAUGAAGCUUAGCGCUUUGACAACUGCACUACUUGCGCAAGGGAGUGACGUCGACUCGCCUGAGAAAAGGAAACCAAAGCUGAAGAUCUCGCGCAAUGCAUCUCCUGGCUCCAACACACCAGUGCAAGAUACCGUCACACCUGCACCAAGUUUGCGAAUAAAGAGAGUACCAUUACGGGGUGCGCCCAUGAGGAGAUUUCGGAGGACACCUCAGAGCGAAGAAGAGCACCAUCCCUCUCAAGACCAAGAAAACAUGCCCAUCUCAGCAGUCAAGGUGCAGCCUGAGAACGUGCCCGAUUCUGUCCUGAAGGUUACCGGCUCUGUCAUGAAGGUGGCAGAGGAUCGCCACAUGCAACCACCUCCAGAGCACCAGUCACCCAUACAACGAUCAUCGCAGCAGCAAGAGAAACAAAGGCCACUCCAGGCGCUCGACGCGAACACACCGCGAAGACCAGCACCUCCACCUCCCCCGAAGAUGUCAGUGCUGGAGACGGCGACCACUGCGGCCGGAGCGGCGACAACAAAGACGAGGGAGAGAAAGAAGAGGAGCACAUUAUCCGUCAACGGGAAGCAUUACUCCCAAAUGGACAGGAUCGGACGAGGAGGCAGUUCGGCUGUUUACCGUGUCAUGGCAGAGAAUUUCAAGCUAUUGGCACUGAAGAGAGUCAAGCUUGAAGAUGCAGACGAGGCCACCGUGCGAGGCUUCAAGGGCGAGAUCGACCUGCUCCAGAAGCUCAAGAACGUUGAUCGCGUUGUGAGACUAUACGAUUGGGAGGUGGACGAGCAACGGCAGGUGCUCAGUGUGCUCAUGGAACUCGGAGAAUCGGAUCUCGCACGCAUAAUACGGAUGAAACUCGACCCGGCCGAUGGCGAUGGCAAACUAGACCUGAGCUUUACACGUUACUACUGGAAGGAAAUGCUCGAAUGCGUCGGAGCAGUUCACGAUCACGACAUUGUCCACUCAGAUCUCAAACCCGCAAACUUCCUCCUUACCUCGGGCCGCUUAAAGCUCAUCGAUUUCGGCAUUGCAAACGCCAUCGAAGUUGACCACACCGUAAACGUGCACCGGGAUUCACACAUUGGCACUCCAAACUACAUGUCACCAGAAUCGCUCGAAGACUCCGCUGGCGGCGCCCGAGGCCUCUUGUCUAACGGCAACGGCUCCAAAGACAUGGCUUUAGGGAAACCUUCUGACGUUUGGAGUCUUGGCUGUAUCCUCUAUCAAAUGGUCUACGGCCGUCCUCCUUUCGCACACAUUACAAACCAGAUGGCGCGUGUCCUCGCCAUCGUCAAUCGCGACUACAAGAUCGAAAUCCCCGAUCUCGGUGUCGGUGAUGUUCGUGUCCCUCCUGGUCUCAAAGCGACACUUCGUCGCUGCUUGCAACGCGACGCCUCGCGUCGACCAAACGUCGCUCAACUCUUGGAUGAAAGAGAUCCUUUUCUGUACCCCGAUGGCGGCGAUGACCUCAGGAUACCGCAGGAGUUGCUCGGUCAGAUCAUUCAAAGAGUCGCGGAUCGGUUUAGGGAUCCGAACAAAAGCCCUCCUACUGAUGAUGAGAUUCGUCAGUAUCCCGCAAGUUUUUACGAGAAGAUCAGACAGUUACUGGAGAGUGACUGAUCUUUUCUUUGUUGUUUAACUAUGUGGUUAUUCUUGAUGCUCCGUUUUGAGUAUCAGCAUUUUCUGUUCUUGGACAGCAACGCUUUGUUCUCCUUGUUCUGUUUUUUCACUAUCAUGAUAACUUGGCGCUGGGUUUCCAUCUCGAAAGGUUUCUUCGUUGUUGCAUCUGCCUGCUUUUGGCUACCUUCUUAUUACCCCCUCUUUUUGCGCGUUCAAGCGUCGCAUUCUCCCAAAAGGCGUCCCAUUUGUUAGCAUAGGCGCUUUGUAUUUUGGCUCUGGCACGAACCUGUAAAUGGCUUUUACGAAUGGCGGUCUAACUCUAGUCGCACACGGUUUCCUUGUUUUGUAUAUACCCGUUUUGGAGAUGCUGAGAAAUCAACUCCUUUAAUCGCUC